GCGUGACUUGAUUGUCUCCCAAGUAAUUAAUUGUUUUAACGAAAAGUCUUCGCUGCUUCUCUCUCAUUUAGUAGUACUAUAUAAACAACUCACUAUAGAUACACAUUAAUUCAGACAAGUUAUAAUAAGUACUCAAAGUAAACUCCAGAUCUAAAAACUGAAACAAAAAUGGAAGAAAUCGGAAUAGUUAUUGUCGGCGGCGGAAUCGCUGGUCUCGCCACUUCGCUUGCUCUUCAUAGGAAAGGAAUAAAGAGUGUUGUGUUGGAGAGAGCCGAGAAAGUGAGGUCGGAAGGAGCUGGAAUUGGAACUCUUACUAAUGGUUGGAGAGCUCUUGAUCAGCUUGGCGUCUCUGAUCGUCUUCGACUCACGUCUAAUCUUAUUCACAAAGCACGGACCAUGUUGAUUGAGGAUGGGAAGAAAAAACGAGCAUUCGUUUUAAACAUCAAAGACGAAGCUCGUUGUAUUAGAAGGAACGAUCUGGUUGAGGCCUUAGCGGAUGCUCUCCCUGAUGGAACCAUCCGGUUCAAUUCCCAAAUUGUUUCGAUUGAAGAGGACGAAACUACGUCGUUUCCGAUCGUUUGCUUAUCCAAUGGAAAUACGAUCAAAGCCAAGGUCUUGAUUGGAUGCGAUGGUGCGAAUUCUGUCGUCAGUGAUUAUCUGCGGUUAGGCCCGAAAAAGGCGUUUGCCUGUCGUGCGGUGAGAGGGUUCACUAAUUACCCAAACGGCCACGGAUUUCCACAUGAGCUUCUAAGGAUGAAGACAGGCAACGUCUUAGUCGGAAGACUUCCUUUGAACGCCAACCAAGUCUUUUGGUUUGUAGUGCAUAUGCAAGACAGUCAACACAACGGUAAGGAUCAAAAAUCGAUCGCAAAUGUGACUCUAAAAUGGGUCGAUGAGUUAUCUGAAGACUGGAAAGAAAUGGUGAAAAUAUGCGAUGUGGAGUCAUUAACGUUGACACACUUAAGGUACCGUUCCCCGUGGGAAAUCAUGUUCGGGAAAUUUAGACGUGGGACCGUGACUGUUGCUGGCGAUGCAAUGCACGUGAUGGGUCCAUUCCUCGGACAAGGCGGCUCGGCUGCGCUAGAGGAUGCGGUUGUUCUCGCUAGAUGUCUAGCUAGGAAAAUGGGUCCGGACCAUGGAGACUUGUUAAAGGAUUGUUCGGUGAAAAGCAUUGAAGAAGCUAUCGAUGAGUAUGUGAAUGAACGUAGGAUGAGACUAGUCGGGCUUUCGACGCAGACGUAUUUGACGGGACGGUCGCUACAGACCCAGUCAAUGGUCAUCAGGCUCAUGUUUAUUGUGUUGUUGGUGCUGUUGUUUGGGCGUGAUCAGAUUCGUCAUACUAAAUACGAUUGCGGCCGACUCUAGAAACUUGAUGGACACUUUAUAACUAGUUUUAUAGUGUGAGGUUUUGUGCUUUAGUUAUCGUUUUAAGUCAUACGAAUACGACUCGGCUGACUCUAGAAACUUUGUCAUCUUACUUGGAUUUCUCUUCUUUUUAAAAACUAUAAUUUCAAAUUUUAUGUAAA